CACGUCAUAAUCCUCAACAAAAAAAAAACAGUGGCUCCUCGUCUUUGAGUUUAUUCUUCAAGUCAAGAACAAUGAAACCCAGUUCAGUUCUGUUUUUUCUGCUCCUUUUGGGGACGUGCUCGGCUUACACCUACCAGAAUGUGGCCUUGCGUGGAAAAGCGACCCAAUCGCAGCGCUUUGAGAAUGCAUUCGGAGCUGCUAACAAUGCAAUCGAUGGAAAUCGCGACUCCAACAACAGGGCUGGCUCCUGCUCGCAGACUGUCAAACAGACCAACCCUUGGUGGAGAGUGGACCUGCUGGAGUCCUACACCGUCACCUCCAUCAUCAUCACCAACAGAGGAGACUGCUGCGAGGAGAGGCUCGACGGGGCGGAGAUUCACCUCGGCAACUCGUUACGAGACAACGGGGCCGCGAACCCAGUGGUUGGUGUAAUUUCUCAUAUCCCAGCAGGCAGGUCUUUAAAAAUCACUUUCACCCGAAUUGUGGAGGGACGUUAUGUAACCGUGACGCUAUCCGGUUCUGAAAGGAUCCUCACGCUCUGUGAAGUGGAGGUCUACGGGUACCGAGCCCCAACUGGGGAGAACCUGGCACUCCAAGGAAAGGCCACGCAGUCGUCUCUGUAUCUUCCAGGCAUUGCAUACAACGCCAUCGAUGGGAAUCGUGCCACCGAAUGGGAAAAAGCUUCUUGCUGCCACACAACUCACGAGUUUAGCCCCUGGUGGCGUCUGGACCUGGGCAAAACACAUAAAUUGUUUGCCGUCAACAUUACCAAUUACCUAGAUCCCAACUUGCAACUCAUUAGAGCUGAAAUCCGAAUUGGAGAUUCUCUUGACAACAACGGCAACAACAAUCCCAGGUGUGCUGUGAUCACAAGAAUCUCUCCAGGUUCCACAGAAAACUUCCAGUGUAACGGGAUGGACGGUCGCUAUGUCAACAUCGUCAUUCCUGGAAGACGCGAGACGCUGAUCCUGUGUGAGGUGGAGGUGUACGGCUCCAGGCUGGAUUCCGACGCUCAGGUCUUCAGAAUGAUGAAACCAGUCGCUUUCCUUCUCCUGCUCCUCCUGGAGACGCGCUCGGCUUACGCUUACGAGAAUGUGGCCUUGCGUGGAAAGGCAACUCAGUCGAGCCGUUACUUCAACGUUCGUGCCGCCGCCGACAAUGCCAUUGAUGGAAACCGUAAUUCUGAUUACAAUUCUGGCUCCUGUACGCACACUGAGGAAGAGAACAACCCCUGGUGGAGGGUGGACCUCCUGUAUUCCUACACCGUCACCUCCAUCGUCAUCUCAAACAGAGCAGACGCCGCUUCCUUGAGGCUCAACGGGGCAAAAGUUCACGUCGGCAACUCUUUGUAUGACAACGGUGCUGCAAACAAAGUUGUUGGUACAAUUGAUAGAACUGAUCAAGGAGCAUUGAUCACUCUGACUUUGACCGAACACGCGGAGGGACGUUACGUCACGGUGGUUCUACCAGGAUCAGGGAAAACCCUCACACUCUGUGAAGUGGAAGUCUACGGGUACCGCGCCCCAACUGGAGAGAACCUGGCAGUCAGAGGAAAAGCCUCCCAGUCGUCACUGUAUUCGUCUGGCCUUGCCUAUAACGCCAUUGAUGGAAAUCCUAACAGCAACUGGGAAGUCGGAUCCUGCACCCACACAAAAGACGACGUCCACCCCUGGUGGCGACUGGAUCUGGGAAAACCCCACAAAGUGUUCUCUAUUAAGAUAACCAACCAACAGCUGGACAGUGAACGACUCAACGGAGCUGAGAUCCGCAUCGGAAAUUCCCUCGCAAAUUUUGGCAACGACAACGCCAGGUGCGCUGUGAUCACCAGUAUCGCAGCGGGUGGUGUCGGUGAGUUCCAGUGUAAUGGGAUGGACGGUCGCUACGUCAACGUGGUGAUCCCCCGAAAAGAGUAUCUGACCCUGUGUGAGGUGGAAGUGUACGGCUCUCCUCUGGAUAGAACACAGGACUUGUUUUAUGUCUCCGUUGUUUGGAAGCUUUUUAUUUUCAUUGAAUCCUCGCGGUGUUGGGCCUCCAGAAUAAUGAAACCCGUCACUUUCCUUCUCCUGCUCCUCCUGGAGACGCGCUCGGCUUACACUUACGAGAACGUGGCCUUACGUGGAAAAGCCACUCAGUCGGACCGCUACGGACAUGACUUUUCAGCCGCCUACAAUGCAAUUGAUGGAAACCCUGAUUCUAAUUUCCAUGCUGGCUCCUGUACCCACACUGACGAAGAGACCAACCCCUGGUGGAGAGUGGACCUGCUGCAUCCCUACACCGUCACCUCCAUCGUCAUCACAAACAGAGCAGACUGCUGCAAGAAGAGGCUCAACAGGGCGAAGGUUCACGUCGGCAACUCGUUAGAUGACAACGGUGCUGCAAACCCAGUUGUUGGUACAAUUGAAAAUACUGAUCAUGGAGCAACGAUCACUCUGACUUUCACUGAACAUGUGGAGGGACGAUACGUCACUGUGGUUGUACCAGGAUCAGGGAAAAUGCUCACACUCUGUGAAGUGGAAGUCUACGGGUACCGCGCCCCGACUGGAGAGAACCUGGCACUGGGAGGAAAAGCCUCUCAGUCGUCACUGUACAUGUUCGGCGCCGCCUAUAACGCCAUCGACGGGAAUCCUGGCAGCAAGUGGGAGGACGGCUCCUGCACUCACACGCAAAACAACGUCAACCCCUGGUGGCGACUGGAUCUGCGUCAAACCCACAAAGUGUUCUCCGUUAAGAUAACCAACCGAGAGGAGGACGCCGAACGACUCGAUGGAGCCGAGAUCCGCAUCGGAGAUUCCCUCGCCAACUUCGGCAACGACAACGCCAGGUGCGCUGUGAUCACCAGCAUCCCAGCGGGUGGUGUCGGUGAGUUCCAGUGUAACGGGAUGGACGGUCGCUACGUCAACGUGGUCGUCCCCAGGGAGGAGUUUCUGAGCCUGUGUGAGGUGGAGGUGUACGGCUCUCCUCUGGAUUAG